CUCGUGUGUUCAAGCCCCAGCUUGUGGCUCAAAAUCAACCACAAGCCCGACCUUUUGAAUUUCCAAUUUAAAAAGUUUCAGACGGAGCCCGAGCCAGCAGAGCUCAAAAAAAUGGCAGCAAUGGAUUACUCUUCUCUAACGUUUCUCUUAUCCAAAACUACUCCACUACUCCCAACCUCUCACUUCUCCACUCCGUCUCUCUGUAAAACCCACCGUCUCUCCAAAUUUUCCAUCUCCUCUCCUCCGCACACGGCCAAUGUACAUUUCAACCAUCGGUUGCCCUUUCGUGUCUCUUGUCAGACCGCCGGCAUGCAGACAGAAGGCGCAAUCAAUACUGAAUUGGCUGUCAAAGUUGGCCAGGAUCGACUCUUGAAGGUUCCGGUUACGAAUAUCAGGAAUUUUUGCAUUAUAGCGCAUAUUGACCACGGGAAAUCAACUUUAGCAGAUAAGUUGCUUGAAAUGACCGGGACUGUGCAGAAGCGAGAAAUGAAGGAUCAGUUUCUUGAUAACAUGGACUUGGAGAGAGAAAGAGGCAUCACGAUUAAACUCCAGGCAGCUCGAAUGCGUUAUAUGUUCAGAAACGAACCAUAUUGCCUGAACUUAAUAGAUACUCCAGGGCAUGUUGAUUUCUCCUAUGAGGUUUCUCGUUCUCUUGCUGCAUGCGAGGGUGCUCUCCUUGUUGUGGAUGCUUCUCAGGGAGUGGAAGCGCAAACUUUGGCUAAUGUUUACUUGGCCUUGGAAAACAACCUAGAAAUCAUACCUGUCUUGAAUAAGAUAGAUCUUCCAGGUGCUGAACCAGAGCGAGUUAUUCGAGAGAUUGAAGAGGUUGUUGGGUUAGAUUGUAGCAAGGCAAUACUGUGCUCUGCAAAGGUUAGUUCUAUACUACUUUGCAUUUGCUUAUUGACAUGGCUUUUCUUGAUUAACUACAGUAUGACUUGUUACUAUGAUCCGUAUCGAGGUGUUAUUGUAUAUUUUCGGCUAAUUGAUGGAGCUAUAAAGAAAGGUGACCGAAUUUAUUUUAUGGCCAGCGGAAAGGACUAUUUUGCUGAUGAAAUUGGAGUUCUAUCCCCAAAUCAGAUUCAAGUGGCUGAAUUGUAUGCGGGUGAGGUAGGCUACCUAUCUGCAUCAAUAAGAUCUGUUGCGGAUGCUAGAGUGGGUGACACUAUUACUCACUAUGGAAGAAGGGCAGAAAACUCGCUACCUGGAUAUGAAGAAGCCACUCCAAUGGUCUUCUGUGGCCUAUUUCCUGUUGAUGCAGACCAGUUUCCUGAGCUACGUGAUGCGUUGGAGAAACUGCAACUAAAUGAUGCUGCCUUGAAGUUUGAGCCUGAGACCUCAAGUGCCAUGGGUUUUGGUUUUAGAUGUGGAUUUUUGGGGCUUCUCCAUAUGGAAAUUGUUCAGGAAAGACUUGAGAGGGAGUAUAGUCUAAACCUGAUAACUACUGCUCCUAGUGUUGUGUACAGAGUGAACUGUCUUGAUGGUGAAUCUGUCGAUUGCUCUAAUCCCUGUUUGCUGCCUGAACCUGGACAAAGGAGGUCGAUAGAAGAACCAUUUGUUAAGAUUGAGAUGCUUACGCCAAAAGAUUACAUUGGUUCACUCAUGGAGCUUGCUCAAGAUAGAAGAGGAGAAUUUAUAGAAAUGAAAUUUAUUACUGAGAAUAGAGCUUCUAUCACUUAUGCAUUACCCCUUGCAGAGAUGGUAGGUGAUUUCUUUGACCAAUUGAAAUCAAGAAGUAAGGGCUAUGCUAGCAUGGAAUACACUUUUAUUGGUUACAAGGAAAGUGAACUAAUAAAGCUUGACAUUUUGAUUAACGGUGAUCCUGUGGAACCUUUAUCAACUAUUGUGCACAAGGAUAAGGCAUAUAGCAUAGGAAGAGCUUUAGCUCAAAAACUAAAAGAGCUUAUACCACGACAAAUGUUCAAAGUACCAAUCCAAGCAUGCAUAGGUUCAAAAGUGAUCGCUAGUGAAUCCUUGUCAGCAAUUAGGAAGGAUGUUUUGGCCAAAUGCUAUGGUGGGGAUAUAUCAAGAAAAAAAAAGUUGCUUAAGAAACAGGUACUGCUACUUCUCCUUCCAAUAAAUAAUAAUACUGUUAGCUCCAUGAUUUGUCAUUGUAAAAUAGAGUUCUGAAGAACUCUAGUUAGAUUGCUA